AUGAACGUUUUCCACUUUGCAAGCAGCCAGCGGUACCGAUCGCGGGUACCGCUGAGGCAGCUGACGUUCACGGUGGCCGUCUACCGGGCCAUCGUUGUGGAGGAGGAUAAGGCGGAGUUGCUCGUGGAGGCAACGGUGGCGUGGGAUGGCAAGGUGCUCUCUCCCGCAGAGACGCUGAGUAUCUACAAGGAUGUGACGCACCUAUCGCGGAGGGAGGCGGCAGGAACGGCCCCAUACAACGACAAGUCGGGUGUUCAGGGAGGCGCGUCUGCACUGGGGCUGGAGGGCGCGCCGCCGGUGUCCUCUCCAGCCAUAGUGCCAGCGCCUGCCCCUGGUCCCCUCCUGCCCAACAUUCCGUCUCUCCCCGCACUGUCGGACGCCAUCGCGCAGAUCAGCAGGCUGCAGUUUUUCUUUUUCACCCGCCCCUCGCUGGAAGACUUCAUCAACCAGGCUGAGGAGGACGUCCCGGUGGACCCGUCGCCGGGUCCCAGUCUCUUGGCACCCAUCGUAUUGCGCCAGCACCGACGUGAUCAUCAGCCCAACCGCUGCAUGUUUCUUAUGUGGGCCGCCGGCGAGCUGCUGGUGUGCGGCCGACCUCCCGGCGCCGCGUCACCUGGACCCGUCGGAGGGGCCGAUGAUGUCGCCGGCGGUGACAGCGCCAACGGGGACUCGCACGCGGCAGCUUCGCUCACAGUGCAUCCCACCACCGCCGCGGCUCCCUUGCUGCCUUCCGCUGCGGGGGUGGCGUCAUCGAUCGACCUUGACGACGUCACGUGGGGCGGCACCGAGCGCGUGCUGUGCACCCUCACUGCCGAGCAAGACGAGUACUUCUUUACAGCAAAGCCAAGUCUCAACAAGCUGCACACACUGUUGGUCGACGCCGCAUACAUCUACACGUUCCGCGUGACGGUGUCGCGCGCGGGCGCGUCGGUCGGGCAGCGGGAACCAUUGGCCGGGGAUGGGACGCGGCGGGGCGUCCCGGCCGACGGUUGUCUCUUGCCUUCCUCGAUUGCCCCUCUGGAGGUGCUGCUGGCCAAUGUACGCGACCUAGCUCAGUCCGUGGCAGAGCAGUACGAGUCUCUCGAGAUCGGCAAAGUUGCGGUGGCGCGCCGACUGCUGCGGCAGGUGGCGAUGAUGGCGCCGCUGGAACGUGUCGGUACCGACGGUGGCGCUACAGCAGCAGCAGCAGCAGCAUCGGUGUCAUCAUCAUCAGAGGUUGCUCGACGGCGUCGCUGGCAGGGAACGCUUGGCCUCAGCAUGCCGUUUUCUGCCGCCGCCGAUCGCACUGGAGCCAGGGGCACCAUGGGCACCUUGACAUCGUCCUCUAGGUCGCAGCGUGCGACCAGCUUUGGAGCCGCGCUCCUCUCGUCAACGGGCGUCAAGCGCAGCGCCUCGUCGCUGCCGUGUGGCUCCUGCCAGUACCAUAUAUUCGGCACAGUCGACCGUUGCGUUGGCAUCGCGGAGUGGACGCUGUUUGUGCGGUGUCGGCUUGUCGAGGAUGACUCUGUCACCCCAUCAAUGUACGACCCGCACCCCACGUCGUCGUCGUCCUCAUCUGCCGUGUGUGAGUUUAUUUCUCAGCUCGCCCACGCUAGCACGUUCGUGGAGGGCGAGUUCCUGUUAGACGUGGACCACGUCUUCAACUUGCCUUUCGACUAUUCUUUUGUUGGCGCCGCACUGCCCAGCAGCCCGCUGCGACUCAUCGCGACUGCCUUUACUGAGGGUGCCGCAGCGGAGGGGUUGCAGGCACCCGUCGCGUACGCCUGCGUGUCGCUCCCCAUCGCCAGCCCCGGCCACCACACAGUCACAGCGCCGAUGUGGGCACCACACAAGACUGGUGUCGAGUUUCUUCGCUCCACACUGGUUGGUGGCGCACCUGGACUGGUGGAUGUACGGCAGGCGGGCCCUGCCCCGGCACACCGCACGGGACUCAACGUGAAGGAGGGUCUCUACACUGACAGCGUUGGCACGCUGCGCAUCACGGUGAACAUAAUCCACCACAAGAACCAGGACAACGACUAA